AUGAUGGAGCGACACUAUCCACCGGAGCCUGCCUACUCGAGGGCGAAGGCACCCUCAGGCACAAAGGGUCCUUCCAGAUCCUCUGCCUCCACAAUCCUUGAAUCUGCUAAACGCGCUUACAACGUCAACUCGGCAUCUUCACUCGCUUUCGAUGCCAACGACGGACCUCUGCUUGGAAACAGACUCACCCCAGACACAUACUCGCGUAACACGUUCGCCUUCCCUUCUCCGACAAGUGAAGGACCGCCCGUGCAGCCGAGCUUGUUCGCGUAUGGUUCAUCUUCGUAUGCUGGCAGAACUCCUGAAACUAGGAAGCUCAAGGACAGCGAUGCGAGUAUCUAUACCGCAAGGACAAAGUUGAGCACGCGCACCAAAAGCACAGAACGCCUCACCAUCCGCAACGCCCGUGGUGAGAUCGAGUGGAAGGAUGCCCCCGAAUCUCUCCCGGCGCUCCCCUCUUCUUCGCGUCACCACCACUUGCCCGUGCCAUCCGCCUCGUCACCGAGACGCACACCUUCCCCCUACAACGAGGUGCCGCUAAGAUCUCGCGCUCGCUCAAACGGUGCGCUGAAUCGUGCCUAUGAUGACCAUCGCCGUGGCGACACUCCCCAGCAACCAGAGAUUCCCUUCAGAGCCAUCGGAAGCACCUCACCGCUCAAAGCGACGUCCACGCAGCGACCUAGGAAUCGUCGCAGAUCCACCGAUGACGCCGACGGAUACCACACAGCAGACGAAGACGAUCUCGAAGCGCGCGAAUGGGAGCGCAACCGAGAGCGGCAGAUGGCCAUCGACCGCCACGAAGUUUACCAGCGCCAACAGACGCGAGAGGAGGAAGAGCGUCGUGCCCGAAGACGCGCAGAACGCGACCGGCUGGCUGUCGAGGAAAGGGAAAGGCAACGUGAAGCUGAGGCCAAAAAGCAUGCAGAACGCGAAGCACGCCGUCUCGCUCGUGAGCAAGCAGAGAUCGAAGAAGCACAGCGCAAAAAGCUUCAGCGUGAGGAAGCGCAGCGACGCCGCAUCGAAGCCGAAAAGGCAGCAGCAGAGGAGCGUGCCCGCAAAGAGAAGGAAGCGGAGGAGCGAAGGGCGAGGAAGAAGCAACUAGCAGAAGAACGCCGCAAGCGCGAAGAGCAAGAGGCGGAGGAGCUCCGCAUUCGUGAGGAACAAGAAGCAGAAGAACAGCGUAAGCGCGACCAAGAGGAGGCGAUUCGCAAAGCAGAGGAGAAAGCAAAGCGCAAAGAAGCCAAGCGUCUGGCUGCCAUCGAGCGUCGAAAGCGCGAAGAAGAGGAGGCAAUCCGGAAAGCGGAGGAUGAGGCCAAGCGCAGGGAGGAAGAGCGUCUCGCUGCUAUCGAAGCCGAACGACUCGCAAAGGAAGCAGCCAUCCGAGCUGCGCGCGAAGCUGUCAUCGAGAAAGCGCGUCAGCUCGAGGAGGCUAAGCGCCAGGUCGAGGAGGAAGAUCUGGCAGCUAUUCUUGCCGGUCGCAAAGCAGAUCGGCUCGCACAGCGCGCUCUUUCCGCUGGCCUUCCAUCUGGCGAGCUGGAUUCUGACUCGCAGCAAAUCAACGGCGAUGACGACGCUUCCGACGCCGCUUCCGAAGUCUUUGUCGAUGCAGGAACGGAAGACGACAUCGACAUCGAGGCGAAGAGCAACACGGCCGAUUCGAUGGCGCGAUCCACCUCCAAUCACGAAACCCCUUCCAGUACGGACGGCAGCUCGGACAUGCCAACCACGCCAAGAGACGAGAAUGCACUGCCCUUCUCUCCGCCGAAUCCUUCCACGUCGGAUCUGGGCCGCCAGCCCUCCUCCAACAUGGGUCACGGACAAGUCAAAUUCGCUCCGGGGACCAACGGCCAAGCUACGCCGAUGCCCGUAUCACCUCAGCAGAAGAUGGCGCCCUACAAAUCUGAUCGCUUCCGUGAUGCCGUCACCAUCGGCGCUAGGCCGACGAUUGCAUCCGCUUCGAUCAGUUCAGCUAAGUCGACCGUGGUGCCGUCCACCUCGCUUCUUACAGCCACGUUUGCUGCCACGGAGGAGGAAGACGAUUACAACGAUAGCGAGUACCCGAAGGUCCGGCCGAACGGGCCUUACCGUGAAGGCGGCAUCACGUAUGGCAAAGGAUGGUGUGCCCACGGUCUCGCCGACCCUUCUCUCACGAUCGACCACCGACGAUACGUGCGCGCGCCUCGUGUUUCAGCUGACGCAGAGGCAGAGGAAGCCGAUGCCGGAUCUACAGACUUUGAUGAAGUCAUGUACAGCGAUCUCGGCGAGCUCAUUUGGUCCGCUACGACGCCCGACGUGAUCGCAUGUCUGAUCAGCCAUCUCGACUAUGCCGACGUCAAAGCGCUGCGUCAGACGUCUUCGUCCAUCCGCUUUGCGCUCGGUCAGUUGGCAGGUCGCGAAAUUGUCCUUGCCCGCUUCCUCUCUUGCGUAGGCUACGAGGCCUGGACGCCCACCGAGGUUGAAGGCACGACAGUCGACAAGGACCCCUUCCCGCUCACUUUCCGCGACUGCGAAGGCUUCCUGCUCAGUUCGAACCUGCUUGCCGAGUAUGCUCUGGUGGGAGCCGAGUGGACACGGGCGCCGCACAAGAUGGAUCCCAACUAUCCAAGGUUGGCCCGCGCCAGUACGCGUGCGUACAAUCGCGUGUUGGUCAGGUUGCGAAUGCAGCCCAACUUCCGGGUGCCUGUGCCGGCCAAGCAGCAUGACGGCGCGACGGCGGAGACGAUCAUUGCGAGUCCCUGGAAGCCUGGUCGUGCUGGCUUCUUCCGAGCCUGGGUUCCGUCUGCAGAGGCUGGCGGUUGGCUCAGCGAUACCGAGCUUGCGCGGUGCGAGCGAGAGCUGUUGAUAUCCGGAGUCCUGUCGCACUUGAAGAAGGGCGACGUGGUGUGGGAUUGCGCUGUUGGCGACGAACGCAAUGAGGGCAAGUACGUCUUUGACGGACGGUACUUGCGAGAUCUGUCGUUCAUGUUCGACCGAGGGGGACACUUGCCUUCUUGGAUCAACGCGUUCUGCUUUGCGCCGAGCUACUACCACAACAUCAUCCGAUCGAGCGACGCCUCUCAGCCUGUCAUCUACCUCGACGUGCUACCGUGGCGCGACCAGAUCGUGUCCACCAUGCGACUGGUGCAGGAUCAUGUCGAGACGUUCUCGCCCCAAGGUGCGCGCUACCGCAUCGCAAAGUGGCUCUACCGUGCGGUGAUCGAUGUUGUUCCUGGCGCGAUCAUCUCGGACGAAGGGCUCGAGGUGGUGAAUGCAGGAUGGCACGGCAAAAUCGUGAUCGAGACGGAGGGGACGGCGGAGCAUGCCAAGGAGCUGAUCACGCGCUGUGCAGGACCUGCCGAGUCGGCGAAGAUCAAGGCUAGGCUGCUGGCCAGCGUGAUGAAUGCGGAUGCCGAGCCGCAGGUGCCCAAGGCUCCGGCGCCGACGGUGGAUGAGAAGGGCAAUAGGGUAGAGACGACGACGCCGUGGGCGAUCGUGAGGGCGAGGAGCAGGCCCGGGUUGAUCUGGAUCAGGCCAAUGGAUAUGCGCGAACGGGUUGUGUUCUGA